CACGGAUCUCAGAGCGACGCCGCCGCUCGUCGCGUCUCUGCCUUCGCCAGCGGCGCCGCUCCCAAAUCCCAACCCAAGGCCGCGGUGAGGAGCUUCCCGCCGCCGCAGCCAUGCUUGGGCAUCUCCGGCGCUCCCUCCGCGCUCUUCACGGCUUACCCAUCACCGGCCGCGCCGCCUGCAGACCCGUCCCCCUCCACCAAUUUUGGAGUUCCCAUAUACAGCCCAUAUCUGGUUCUGGUUGGUGUAACAAGCAUGCUGCCAGAGAUUUCUCUACUUCCAAAAACAUGACCAGCGGUGGAGUAUAUCUUCAAAAGGAGUUGGAAUCAACUAAGCCCAUGAAGGAUACUGAUAUUAUAAUCAAUCGCAUACAAAAGAGCACAAGGGAAUUGGAACAAGGGCCUAUUGGAAAAAAUCUGUCUUCAGAGGAGAAAAGGAAAUUUCUUUUCAACACUCUCCUUGGCCUCGAAGAUUCAAGGGAAGCUGUUUACAGCACCCUUGAUGCUUGGGUUGCCUUUGAGCAGGAUUUUCCUCUGGCUUCACUAAAGCAAGCACUUUCAGUUCUUGAAAAGGAGGGACAAUGGCAUAGAAUUAUCCAGGUGAUAAAAUGGAUGCUGAGCAAAGGGCAAGGAAAUACAAUGAACACAUAUGAGCUACUAGUGCGUGCACUUGAGAAGGAUAAUAGAGCUGAGGAAGCACAUAUAAUGUGGCAGAAAAAAACAAGCCAUGACCUGCAUUCGGUUCCUUGGCGAUUCUGCCAUCAUAUGUUGUCUAUCUACUAUAGAAACAAUAUGCUCGACAGGCUUGUGAAGCUCUUCAAAGAUUUAGAAGCCUGUGGUCGUAAACCUCGAAGCAAAGAUAUUAUACGAAAAGUUGGAGAUGCAUACGAAAUGCAAGGAAAACUAGAAGAAAAGAUAGUGUUGCUUGAAAAUUACAAGGAUUUAUACAGCAAGCCAUCUCGAGAUUAUCGAAAGAAAGGCUCCAAAUCCAAAAAGACUCAGAUGAAUAAAACAGACGGAGUUCUUAGAGUUCUUGGCCAAUCAUGCGAUGAGCCAAACGAUGGCUGACCCGACGGUAUCUGAUGCUCAACGACAGGCAGAACCAACCAUGCUACUUGCCUAGGCAGGAUUCGUUGCUCCAAGUAGUGCUGGCUCCAUUGCAAAUGUGAGAUAUCCCGUUGACGACAUACAAGUGGAUACACCAUGCAAGUUGGUUAUACCUUAUGAAAGGAAACAAAAUAAGUUUCGAGAGGUCGCAACCAGCAUGACAGUAACGGAUCAUGUGUUCCCAAAGGCACCUGCUAGAAUACGCCUGGGUGCAAGUUGUUACAGUGUUGGAUGAGUCGUGCGAGAUAGACAUCCCUACUGAUGAGCGGAUUGAGGUUCUCGGUGAUGCGAUGAACCAGUACAUACUGUAGCAUCGUCAAGAUAUCGUUCUAAAUGCAUCGCCAGAAACCUCACGGCCGAGCCAAGAACUACCCCUUCCAAAUUCAAAUGUUGAUACGGAGGAGCUAACGCUGUCACAUGUGCAGGGAGCUAACAAUGAGGACGAGCAGCAAAUGCUAUCAUCUGUCCGAGAAGCUCUCAAUGAGGACGAUGGGACAUAAGUACUAGAAGGCGAUGAACGGGUAGAUGAUUUAGAAGUUAAUGAUCCAACAUCGCCUUUGCCGGCAUCACCUCCCAAUAGGCCAGCGGCACCUCGUAUGGUCAACACAUAUGAAAAGGCUCCAUCAGCAGACGUCGACAAGUUUUUAAACGUAUUGAAGAAGAAGGCUUCAUCUUCCGGUGAAAAAUCUGUAACUCGUAGCGUCUCUCGGCAAAAGGAAAAGGAUCAAAACCUCAAUUUCUUUGCGUCAGAUGAUGUCCCAAUGGAUUAUGAGCAUGGCAAACCAUUCUUAUAUCGGUGGGAUCUGCUGGAGGGCCCAUGGGAACUGAAUAAGUUGCAUGUAUGGAUCAUGAAUGCACUGAAGCAAGGCAUUUGAGCAAUCACUGCGCAUGUCCCAACUAAGCUUUUCCUUGGCGUUGGCGUUCUCUCAUACCAGAUUGUGAUCGAUUUCGAGAAUUUGCACAGACUUUACCGUCGACAACAUCUCGACGUGAAUCUCAUUUUCGUAUGGUGCUUGUAAAUCCACAUGUACCGCAGACACGAGUUUUAAAUACAUACGUAUUUUAUUUA